AUGGUAAAUAUAUCACAUUACCCAGCCGUAAAUGAUAGCUAUGACAUAAUGCGAUUCAAUCAUGAUAUCAUGCCGCAUAUCUACGAGACAAGUGACGUCUGUUUUCUUCCUGGAAGGUGCCUUGCUGUUUUGCUCCAUCGUGAUGUGGAAAUAGAAGUGUUCGCGCAGCCGAAGAGAGAGAGAGACCGUUCGUCGACUCCACACGCUCUUCACUGA